GCACACCGGAAGCUCUUUUACUCUGAAGGAUGUGAACCGGAUGUCGUGUUGUUGUUGCGGAACAAAAAAAGGAAAACAAACCAGAAGAAUAAAUUGCGAUUAAAAAACAAACUUUAUUAGUUUGUUGACCGAAGAAUAAACAACCAGGGACAGAAGAUGAGCGUUACUUUGGAUAUUCGACUGAAACGAGCGAACAAAGUUUAUCACGAAGGGGAAGUGGUCGCCGGCGUCAUCCUGCUGGUGUGUAAGGAGGCGCUGCAGCACCACGGGAUCUCUCUGAGCAUGGAGGGCCUGGUCAACCUGCAGCUGAGCUCCAAGAGCGUCGGCGUCUUCGAGGCUUUCUACAACUCUGUCAAGCCCAUCCAGCUGAUCAGCAGUAACAUCGAGGUGGCCAAGGCCGGAAAAGUCCCAGCAGGCAAGACUGAGAUCCCCUUUGAGUUCCCUCUGAUCACAAAAGGCAACAAGGUCCUUUAUGAGACCUACCACGGCGUCUUCGUCAACAUUCAGUACACGCUCCGCUGUGACAUGAAGCGCUCGCUGUUGGCCAAAGACCUGAGCAGGAACUGUGAGUUCAUUGUUCACUGUCAGCCUCAGAAAGCUAAAGUCGUCCCAACUCCGGUGAACUUCACCAUCACUCCGGACACCCUGCAGAACAUCCGUGAGAGGAGUUCGCUGCCAAAGUUUCUGAUCAGAGGACAUCUGGACGCCACCAACUGCGUGAUCAGCCAGCCGCUGACCGGAGAGGUGGUGGUGGAGAAUUCCGACGUUGCCAUCAAGAGCAUUGAACUGCAGCUGGUGCGGGUGGAGACGUGCGGUUGUGCCGAAGGUUACGCCCGAGACGCCACGGAGAUCCAGAACAUCCAGAUCGCGGAAGGCGACGUCUGCCACGGCCUCGCGAUCCCCAUCUACAUGGUCUUCCCCCGGCUGUUCACCUGCCCCACGCUGGAGACCACCAACUUCAAAGUCGAGUUUGAAGUCAACAUCGUCAUCGUGCUUCACGACGAUCAUCUGAUCACAGAGAACUUCCCCCUGAAGCUGUGCAGAGUCUGAACCUGGAGGACCCGUCGGCACUGAGAUUAGUUCCCUACCAACAGGACCUGGUCCUCUCUGUUUGGGUCUGAACUGUCCCUAUAAAGCCAGGAAGAGAUAAUGCGAACCUACAGUGGCUCCACCAAUGGGAACAUUUGCUUUCAUACAGACGAAGACCGAAAGAGUUUCAGUGCAUUAUUUCUUUUAUAUUUCUGUUUAAUAAAUGUUAUGUUUCUGAAA